GACGAGACGUAGCUUCAUCGCUGUUACCGGUCUUCCGGCCCUUCUCCACCUCCUCACACUCCCCGAGUAGUCUCUCCCGCGUGACCGGCUACAAAGCCUGGAAGCCAAUGGCAGGCGACAAGAAGCAUCGCUUGGCGAUCAUUGGGAGCGGCAACUGGGGCAGCGCCAUCGCCAGGAUUGCAGGCGGCAAUGUCUCCAAGUUCGGGAACCUCUUCGAGACGGAGGUCAAGAUGUACGUCCAUGAGGAGGAGAUCAAAGGCCGCAAGCUGUCCGAGAUCAUCAAUGAGGAGCACGAGAAUGUCAAGUACUUGCCCGGCGUCAAGCUGCCAGAGAACGUCGUAGCUACACCUUCAGCGGUAGAGGCAGCAGAGGGAGCCGAUCUGCUCAUCUUUGUCCUUCCUCAUCAGUUCAUCGAGGCAACCUGCAAAGAGCUUCGCGGCCACAUCGCAAAGGAUGCGCGAGCCAUCUCGAUGAUCAAGGGCGUAGAGGUCAAAAAUGGCAAUAUUCGCAUCUUCGCAGACGUCAUCGAGGAGAUUCUGGGAUGUAGAUGCGCUGCGCUCAGUGGAGCCAACAUUGCCAACGAGGUCGCAGAAGACAAGUUCAGCGAGACAACCAUCGGCUACAGGCCAAACGACCUAGCGACCGCCGAGCUCUUCCAUAAAGUCUUUGACACACCCCAAUUCAAGGUUGGCAUGGUCGAAGACGUAGCGGGCGUGUCCCUCUGUGGCGCCCUGAAGAACGUCGUCGCCAUUGCGGCAGGCUUCACAGAUGGCUUGGGCUGGGGCUCCAACGCUAAAGCGGCCGUCAUGCGCAUCGGUUUGAUGGAGAUGAAGCGCUUCUCUGAGGAGUUCUUUCAAGGCGUCAAGCCGGAGACGUUCACCGAGACUUCGGCUGGUAUCGCAGACCUUAUCACCACUUGCUUCGGUGGGCGCAACAGGAAAUGUGCAGAGGCCUUUGUCAAGACGGGGAAGAGCUUCGAGGUUCUAGAGAAGGAGUUGUUGAAUGGGCAGAAGCUGCAGGGUACCGAGACGGCUAGAGAGGUGCACGAGUUCUUGAAGGCGAGGGGCAAGGUGGAGGAGUAUCCGCUGUUCAGGAGCGUGUUUAGCAUUGCGUACGAGGGAGAGGGAGUCAAGGGAUUGACGAGUAAGCUCUAGCGGCGCGAAGACUGCGGGACGAUGGGGAGGGUUGAGCAGGAGGGACGA